ACCAAUCAGCAAUGCCCGCUCUCCUCUCUGGACCAAUCACAGCUGCCGUUGCUCCGCCGCUCUCCUUAUAAGCUCGCUGUUGCCGCUCAGCUUCUACUUGCAGUGAAGACAGAGGAAGCACAAUGGCCAGAACCAAGCAGACAGCCCGUAAAUCCACCGGAGGAAAAGCCCCCAGGAAGCAGCUGGCUACCAAGGCUGCCCGGAAGAGCGCCCCGGCCACCGGCGGCGUCAAGAAGCCUCACCGUUACAGGCCCGGUACCGUGGCUCUGAGAGAGAUCCGUCGCUACCAGAAAUCCACGGAGCUGCUCAUCCGCAAGCUGCCCUUCCAGCGCCUGGUCAGAGAGAUCGCUCAGGACUUCAAGACCGACCUGCGCUUCCAGAGCUCCGCUGUCAUGGCUCUGCAGGAGGCCAGCGAGGCUUACCUGGUCGGCCUCUUCGAGGACACCAACCUGUGCGCCAUCCACGCCAAGAGGGUCACCAUCAUGCCCAAAGACAUACAGCUGGCCCGCCGCAUCCGUGGAGAGAGGGCUUAGACCCACCAUGCCAGACUUUACCCGAAACACCACGGCUCUUUUAAGAGCCACACAUAUUCACUACGGGAGCUCACUCACA